ACUGCAUGCCUUUUGUUCGUUUCCUCCUCACACUUGUUUUCUUUCUCUUCCUCCCCAAAACAAGAACCCAAGUCCCCAAAAACGCAUCAUAUAUAGAUAAAGACGCAGCGAGUGUUAUUAUUAACCCGAAGAAAAACCCAAAAGAGCUAAUCGACAGAGAAGAAGAAGAAAGAGGCUUUAUAUAAAGAGAGAAAACGCUUGCUGUUGAUUCAGAGCAACCAGCCCUUCUAUUUUUUCCUUCUUCUCUCUGUGUGUAAUAUUUCAAUGGCCGUUGAAGCUCGGCACCUCAAUCUCUUCCCCUCUCAACAACUCUUCUGCAACAACAGUGAGAUCAUGAACCCGGUUCAGGGAAACGGCGGCAUGUACGGUGCUCAGAUUGGGUACGGCGUGCCGAUGAUGACCGGCGGUUUGGUGGCGACGGAGGCUCUUCUUCCGGCGUAUAAUAACAACUCCAUGAUGAACGAUUCCAUGCUUCCGAAAACCACGGCGAUGCAGUCGGACAGUGGGCUCACGUACAACGUACCGAUCAGUACUUCUCUUUCAAGAAAGCGCUCCCGGGUCGACUCGAUCAACCCGAACCCGAAUCUCUUCUCCUACCCGACUCCUCCGGCGAGCCAUCACUACAAGAACAGCAAUAACUCAUUCUCGUUUCUCGGCGAGGACAUUUCUCUGCAAAUCCAGCAGCAGCAGUUCGACAUCGACCGCAUCAUUUCGCAACACAUGGAGAAGGUGAGGCUGGAGAUUGAGGAGAAGCGAAAGAGGCAAGCGAGGAGGAUAAUAGAGUCGAUAGAGAUGGGGAUGAUGAAGCGGCUGAGAGCCAAGGAGGUGGAGAUCGAGAAAAUCGGGAAGAUGAACUGGGCUCUGGAAGAGAAGGUGAAGUCUCUUUGCAUCGAGAAUCAAAUAUGGCGCGACUUGGCGCAGACCAACGAGGCCACCGCCAAUGCUCUCCGGACCAAUCUCGAACAAGUCCUGGCCCAAGUGAAAGACGAGCCCAACCACAACAACCAAAACGACGCCGCGGCGGCGAUGAUGGACGACGCGCAGUCGUGCUGCGGGAGCACCGGAAACGACGACGGGUGGCGGGCAGUGGAGGAAGGGACGAGCGGCGGAAGCGGGUCGGGUUUAGGGAGUAGGUGGUGCAGGAAUUGCGGGAAGGAGGAAUCGUGUGUGUUGCUGUUGCCGUGUAGGCAUCUGUGCUUGUGUACGGUCUGUGGGUCCUCCCUCCACACAUGCCCAGUCUGUAAAUCCACCAAGAACGCUAGUGUCCAUGUUAACUUGUCUUAGACCAACAUAUGAACCAAAAAAG